AUGCCUCCCGUUCCCGCUCAGCGAAGAGCUCUAUCCUAUGAAGAUCCGGCCCUUUCAGACGAAGAUGUCGGCUUCCUCUUCCAAGUCAUCACUCGCGCGGAGCGCCAUCCAGAUGCCGAUCGCCUUCCCUACAGAGUCCUGUUCAAAGAGUACGAUGCGGCGAUUGAGGAGCAUGGGCCGGAGGCGGAUCCGGGCUAUGCCUGUAUGCGCUUUCUGUUCAAGAUGGGAUACGUCGCAGGAGAUACUCUGUUUGAGAAAUUUGAGAACUUGCUCCAGCAGAUGGGCAUUGUGAUUGAAUUUGGCAAUGAGGAGAACGAUACGGAUGGUUACACGGAUAAUUUCUCAGUUGUCGAUGCUGCGCCGAGAGAAAGGCCUAGUCCUGCUUCACGAGACAACAUUCAGACACCGCGACCGCGGCGAGCGUCAUUCAACUCAGUAUAUGAUCUUGGAGACGACCCUACCACUCGAAGCUUUAUCAACCGUCCUAGCUCGCGGUCAUCGUUGUCGCGACUGCAGACUGGCAAACCUGAGUUUGAGGCAUCACCACAAAAUCAUACAGCGGCUAGCAGGAGGACUGAGUCGCCGGACAGGACGCAACUUAUUGCACAAUUCAUGGAUGUAGGUCGCCGUCUUAUUAGUAAGAUGGGUGCAUUUCAGUCGGCCAAAGAGCAGACAAAGGAAUUCUCCUCCGCCGUUAACGAGGACCGUUCCAGAAGAAUGGCCGCGGCUUCUCGGGCCAAAGCGCGCAAGCCAAGGAAACCCAAGCGAAAGCGCUCUAUUAGCUCAUCGAGCUCAGAUGAAGAAAGUGAGAAAGAUGAAGAUGAGGACAACUCGACGGUCUCUGACGACGUCAACGGUCGUAUAGAGAAGCCAGAUUUACCGCCUGAAUUGCUUUAUCGACCUUCGCUGUCGGAUCUCUUACGGGAUGCUUCGACAUUCAAUAUGUACCGUCAACGGGCGAUUAACAGACGUAUUCUAACGCAGUGGAUGAAGAAAGCUGUGCAGGCACGGCAGGCUCACCGGAAUAUGGAAAUGGUUGCCAUGAAUAGAGACAGAGUUACCCUUAUUAGACAAGCCUUUGGGACCUGGAAUUCGAUUAUCCGGGAGAAACGGCAGGCUGCUCGAACGGAGCAGUUCUUUCAACACCUGGAGGAGCGUGCCGCGCGAGCUCGAGAUGUAUAUUUGAUGACAAAAGCCUUCACCCACUGGGCAGCAGUGGCUUCAGAUGAACUUGAAAAAACUACUGCGGCUAGACGCCACAUCCUCGGCGUCAAAUACUUCAAUGCAUGGCGUGAGAUUACUGCUGUCAACGUACUAAAAGCUCAACGAUUCGCCUUAUGUCAACCUCUCCGGACCUGGAAGAGAAGAGCUGCUCAUAUCAAAAGGCUAGAUGAACAGGCCAUCAGUCGGCAUAAUGAAAAAUUGAAACGUGGUCUCUACUGGCAAUGGUUUUGGAGCCUAUGUGAGAGACGCGCUCCAAGAUGGCACGAAUUCGUCAUCAAAAGACGCUCGCUGCUCUACUGGCUGCGCACUUUUCGUACAAUUAGGGAACGUCUUCAGGAAACUGAUAAUCGGGAUAAACAUUUUUUGCUCGGGUCUGCGCUUCAAGUCUUGCGCGAAAGAUCGAAAGCUGUUGUCUCCGCUGAACAAAAGGCUGUGGCCAUGCAACGACAUCAGCUUCUUCGAAACGCACUGUAUGAAUGGAAGCUUCAGGCUCGCCUAGCACCGGCUGCAACCCACGUCGCAGACACAGCGGAUACCCGCAUCGUGCGGUCAGCGUACAAUCAAUGGGUAAAACGAAUAGACAUGCUUAACCAAGCCAGAGAAUUGGACCGACGGAGAAUUAUGCGAAAUUCAUGGGUCGCAUGGAAUGACCGCCUUCGUUGUCAGGCUUUAACCGCACGCAUCGAGGAGCGCCUAAAGAUUGAAACCAUGUACAAAUGGAUCAUUGCGGAGCGAUACCGUCUUUUGCAGCGAAUCUACGAGCAGAGGAUCUCACGAGGGGUAUUCUCCACGUUUGUUACAAAUAUUCGCAAAAAAUAUACGCAGCUGCUACAACACGCUGAUAUCUACGAAGACCGGCGGAACGACGACCUACUCAGGGCGAAGCUUGCCACUUGGCGGAACCAAUUGGCUCUAACACGCCAGCGCGAUGAUAUCGCUUAUGUAUUUUAUGCACCACGCCUUGUGCAGGAAUCACUCGUAGCCUGGCGUUCGAAGCUAGAGCAUGUGGCGAAAUUAGAGGAGUGGGCGCAGGAUGCCAGAUUCUACUUUGUCUCAACUCGCACUCUCAAGUGCUGGCAUGUUGCAAAGGUAAACUCGACCAAGCGUCACCGCCAAGAAGCUUAUGCAAUAAUUCGGCGAAAAGUCAAGGUCAAUCUUGCGUCGAAGGUAUUCACAAGUUGGCAGUCAAAGACGCGGGAAAUUCUUGAUAUUGAGCAGCAAGCCCUGCAAUUAGAGAGGGGGAAGAAUCUGGAUAUCGUGUUUGAAUUGGUGGAUCGUUGGCAUGAGAAGACCACAAAGCGACUCCAAGAUUGUGAAGAUGCAGAUGUCUUCUACUUCAAACAGAUCGCCUACGACAAACUAAUACGUUGGGCUGAAGGAGUCGUCGCGUCUCGCCAGUUAGAGGAACAGGCAGUCAGUGCGCAUAGACAGCACGUGUUAGGCCAAGCCAACACUCAGCUUCGCAAACUCAGCCUUCGCGUCUUUCAGAUACACAGCAGCGCUGAGACAGCGGAUGCCAUGAGAGAGCGCAAUCUCAGGAAGCACUCGAGAGGCAUGUUCCGCCGUUGGCUAGAAAAGACAAGGAUCAGCCUUGAGGCGCGCGAUGCUCCAGGACCUCUAGUGAGUCCCAUGAGGAACCCAAGCCGUGCUAGUGCCCGGGGGAUGGAACGGUCUAUCUUCGAUCCCUGGCAAGUCGAGACACCUUUUAAACUGAACGACUUUGCCUCUGCUGAGAAUCAGCAUCCGUCCACAACUCCGUUAGCAACGCCGAACCCCCAGACUUCGCCCUCCAAGCGAGCAGCGAGGGCACGAAUAUUGGCACGGGUGUCUACUACCCCAGCAACACCACUCCAUACGCCUUUCGCUAGCCGGCUUCUGCGUGAAGGCGUAACUGUUCGUACUACGUCCAGUCGGCGGGAUCGCACUGGACGCGGGAGCGCUUUAGGCACCGUUCGGUUUGUUGACGAGGAUCCCGAAUCGCCUACGAGUGGGAAAGGAUCGGCUAAUCGACGGCCUUAG